CCCUGAUGUGUUCCGGGAUGGCAGCUAGGUGACGACAAUUGAGGAUGACCCUGACUGAAAAACUGCGUGAGAGGAUAUCGCGGGCGUUCUACAACCACGGGCUGUUGUGUGCUUCCUACCCCAUCCUCAUCAUCCUCUUUACUGGUCUCUGUAUUCUGGCCUGCUGUUACCCACUGCUGAAACUGCCACUGCCUGGAACAGGACCUGUGGAGUACAGCACCCCCGUGAAGGAUUACUCUGCGCCCUCUCCAGACACAGGUCUGCAGCAAGGGGACCUUGGCGAGCGUCCCGACUGGUAUGUCGGUGCUCCGGUGGCCUACAUCCAGCAGAUCUUUGUGAAAGCUACCGUGUCCCCAUGGCAGAAGAACUUCCUUGCUGUGGAUGUAUUUCGUUCACCCCUCUCCCGCGUCUUCCAGCUAGUAGAGGAGAUUAGAAACCAUGCCCUGAGAGACAGUUCUGGUGUCAAAAGCUUGGAGGAAGUUUGUCUUCAGGUAACAGAUCUUCUGCCUGGCCUCAAGAAGCUACGGAAUCUGCUCCCCGAACACGGCUGUCUGUUACUGUCUCCAGGGAACUUCUGGCAGAACGACCGUGAGCGAUUCAAUGCUGACCCAGAUAUCAUCAAAACCAUCCACCAGCAUGAACCAAAGACAUUACAAACAUCAGCUACUCUCAAAGACCUAUUGUUUGGACUCCCUGGAAAGUACAGCGGGGUGAACCUCUACAAUAGGAAGCGAGUGGUAUCGUACACUGUCACCCUGGGUCUCCAGCGAUAUGAUUCCAGGUUCCUCAGCAGCCUCCGCUCUCGCCUCAAGCUGCUGCAUCCCAGCCCUAACUGCACGCUGCGAGAGGAGAACAUUGUUCAUGUCCACUUCAAGGAAGAGAUUGGCAUUGCUGAGCUGAUACCUCUCGUCACCACCUACAUUAUACUCUUCGCUUACAUCUACUUCUCCACACGGAAAAUUGACAUGGUGAAAUCAAAGUGGGGACUGGCGCUGGCAGCGGUCGUGACAGUGCUCAGCUCUCUGCUCAUGUCUGUUGGGCUCUGCACGCUGUUUGGUUUGACACCUACGCUCAAUGGAGGAGAGAUAUUUCCAUACCUGGUUGUAGUGAUUGGCCUAGAGAAUGUGUUAGUUCUCACCAAGUCAGUUGUCUCUACACCUGUUGACCUGGAAGUGAAGCUACGCAUUGCCCAAGGUUUGAGCAAUGAGAGCUGGUCAAUUAUGAAGAACAUGGCAACAGAGCUUGGGAUCAUCUUGAUUGGAUAUUUCACCCUUGUCCCUGCCAUCCAGGAAUUCUGCCUCUUCGCUGUGGUUGGCCUUGUGUCUGACUUCUUUCUGCAGAUGUUUUUCUUCACUACUGUGCUGUCCAUUGACAUUCGCCGUAUGGAGCUCGCUGACCUGAACAAGCGGUUGCCAGCAGAAGCCUGCCUGCCCCCAGCGAAGCCUGUCAGCCGCUCUCAGCGCUACGAGCGGCAGCCGGCAAUGCGACCUGCCACCCCCCACACCAUCACCCUGCAGACAUCUUCCUUCAGGAACCUGCGCCUGCCGAAGAGGCUGCGGGUCAUCUACUUCUUCGCCAGGACCCGGCUGGCCCAGAGGCUCAUCAUGGCUGGGACAGUGAUCUGGAUUGGAAUCCUGGUUUACACGGAUCCUGCUGGUCUCCGCACCUACCUCACGUCACAGGUCACCGAACAAAGUCCUUUGGGUGAGGCAGGUCUGCCUCCGAUGCCUGUUCCUGGAGGGGUCCUACCUGCUGGGGACCCCAAGAUUGAUCUCUCAGUCUUCCCAUCGGACCAAAUACAGCUGUCGGAAAACCAGACGCAGCAGCGUGAGCCAAAGUCACAGCUGGAGACAAACCAGCACACUUGGGCCCAAGGACCAGAGGGCAAAGGGAAUGGACAGACAGAGCUUGGAACUGAAGCAGAGGUUACCUGGGGAGCAGAGGAUGAGGAGAUUUGGAGGAAGCUUUCCUUCAGACACUGGCCAUCCCUUUUCAGCUACUACAAUAUCACUCUGGCCAAAAGGUACAUCAGCAUCCUUCCAGCAAUCCCUGUCACACUGUAUCUGAACCCACAAGAGGCCUUAGAAGUGCGGCAUCCCCAGGAGGCAAACCGCUACCACCCCUUCUUGUCUUCAAGCAGCGGAAAGCUGGAUGCUCAAGCUCAGCCUGACCAAGCCUCAUCCAAGCUGCAAGGGCACCAGGAUGUCACUCUUUACAAGGUGGCUGCUCUGGGUCUGGCCUCGGGCAUUAUCCUGGUGCUCCUGCUCUUCUGCCUGUACAAGGUGUUCUGCCCCAAGAACUACGGGCAGAACGGGAUCUCGCACAGCCGGAGGAAGAGGGGGGACCUGCCCUGUGAUGAUUAUGGCUACUCCCCGCCCGAGACAGAGAUUGUCCCCUUGGUGCUGAGGGGUCACCUCAUGGACAUCGAAUGUCUGGCUAGUGAUGGGAUGUUGCUUGUCAGCUGCUGCCUGGUGGGCCAGAUCCGUGUGUGGGAUGCUCAGACUGGUGACUGCCUCACUGUUAUUCCUAAACCAAGGUUGCGACGAGACAGCAGCGGCAUCUUUGACUACCAGGAAAGCUGGGAUCACAGUCCCGAUGGCAAGAACGGUCUGGACGACUCUUAUGAGAACAGUCACCAGCUCAAAAGGAUGCUCAGCCCUCCGCAGCCACCGCUCUUCUGCGACCAGCCAGACCUCACGUCUCUCAUCGACACCAACUUCUCUGAGCAGGUGAAGGUGGCCGAGUCCGAGACGCGGCUCCGCGCAGUGGGCAGUCGCCAGAAGGAGACCGGGUACGACUUCAGCAGCCUGGUGGGUAAAGCGUAUGAAGAGCACGGCUCCUCCAACUCCAUGAGCUUCACGGGCCUCUCCACCCCACAUGGACAGGCUGGAUUCUGCACGGGGAGCGGCAGAGCCCGCUCCCUGGGCUGCGGGACUGAGGAGGGAGGCUGCAGCACCCGCAGGAGGAGCCUGGGGGACGAGUCUUUUACGGGAUUUGACAAAUCCUCGACAUUUCCUUCCUGGGGUGGAGACUUGGAGAGCUCUGUUUGGAGCCUGGACCUGCAAGGGAAUCUGAUCGUGGCGGGCCGGAGUAACGGGAAGCUGGAGGUCUGGGAUGCUAUUGAGGGCACUCUCCGUAGCAGUAAUGAUGAAAGUCAAUCUGGUAUCACAGCACUCGUCUUCCUGAAUAACAGGAUCGUCGCUGCCCGGUUGAAUGGCUCUUUGGAUUUCUUUUCGCUAGAGACACACACAUCCUUGAACCACCUGCAGUUCCGAGGAGCCCCGAGCAGAAGCAGCAUCCCGUCCUCACCGGUGGUCAGCAGCAGCGACAUCAUCCUUUGUCAGCUCACCCACACUGUGUCCUGUGCCCACCAGAAGCCGAUCACAGCACUGAAGGCUGCAGCAGGGCGGCUGGUCACUGGGAGCCAGGACCACACUCUGAGGGUGUUUCGGCUGGAGGACUCGUGCUGUUUGUUCACACUGCAGGGUCACUCGGGAGCCAUCACAGCGGUGUACAUUGACCAGACAAUGGUGCUGGCGAGCGGGGGCCAGGACGGUGCCAUCUGCCUGUGGGAUGUGCUGACGGGAAGCAAGGUCAGCCACAUGUAUGCCCACCGAGGGGACGUCACGUCCCUCACCUGCACAAUGUCCUGUGUCAUCAGCAGUGGCUUGGACGAUGUCAUCAGCAUCUGGGACCGCAGCUCGGGAAUCAAGCUCUAUUCAAUCCAGCAGGAGAUGGGCUGUGGUGCCAGCCUGGGCGUCAUCUCUGACAACCUGCUGGUGACGGGUGGCCAGGGCUGCGUCUCCUUCUGGGACAUUGGCUACGGCGACCUGCUCCAGACC